UUUGUGUUGCUGCUGAUGGCGACGUACUGGGUGACGGAGGUGAUUCCUCUGUCCAUGACCGCCAUGCUCCCCGCCAUCCUCUUCCCCAUGUUUGGCAUCAUGAAGUCCUCGGGCGUGGCGAAGGAGUACUUUAAAGACUUCCACUUCUUACUGGUGGGCGUCAUCUGCCUUGCCACGUCCAUCGAGAAGUGGGGUCUUCACCGCAGAAUCGCCCUGAGGCUAGUCACCAUGGUGGGAGUCAACCCUGCGUGGUUGAUGUUGGGCUUCAUGUCCGGCUGUGCCUUCCUCUCCAUGUGGGUCCAAAACACCUCGGCCGUUAUGAUGGUGAUGCCCAUCGUGGAGGCUGUCCUCCAGCAGAUCCUGAAAGCCGAGGAGGGGGGAUCUGCCGGCGAAGACAACCCCAACCUACAGCUGGACGAAAUUGACGGCCGUAUUGAAGACAUGAAAGAAACUGUGAGUGACAGGAAGCGUCCAGACAGUCCUGAAGAAUCCUUCACUUGUGUUCAGAUACAGACAGUGUCAGAGCCUCCUGCAGCUCAGGUACAAACACCCACAGCAUAGGCUGCAGUGAGCCCGCCUGCGGCUCCCAGCAGGAGUAAACGGGACCUCAUGAUGUGUAAAGCCAUGUGCAUCGGCAUCGCCUACUCCUCCAACAUCGGAGGCAUCACCACGCUGCCGGGAACCUCGCCCAACCUCAUCUUCUCCGAGUACCUCAACCAGAUUUACCCACAAUGCAACUGCAUUAACUUCGGGAACUGGCUCUUGCUGUGCCUGCCCAUCAGUGUUAUCAUGCUGCUGCUGACAUGGAUGUGGCUGUACUGGCUCUUCAUUGGUUCAGACUUCAGGUUCCUAUGGCGAUGUGAAGGAGAGCAGUCUGAGAGAGAGAAGGCAGCAAGAAAAGUGAUAGAAGACGAGUACAAGUCACUGGGACCCAUGAGUUCUCAGGAGACCUUCACUGCAGUGGUUUUCCUGGUGAUGGUGUUGUUGUGGUUGACCAGAUCUCCAGGGUUCAUGCCGGGCUGGGCUUCUCUCUUCCCUCAUCACUUGGGCUUCAUCACUGAUGCCACCGUGGCUCUGCUGCUGGGUCUCCUCUUUUUCAUCGUACCUGCCUACGGACCCUCCAGAAAAUAUGAGGCCAUGAUCUCCUGGAGGGAGUUCCAGGCCUCGAUGCCGUGGAAAGUUGCCCUGCUAGUCGGUGGAGGCUUCGCACUCGCUGAGGGCACAAAGGAAUCAGGCUUGUCUUUGUGGGUGGCCCAGCUGCUGACACCUCUGGGUGAUCUGCCUGUCUUGGCCACGAUCACUGUUGCCUGCAUCAUCGUCACCACGGUAACAGAGGUAGCCAGCAACGUCGCCACCAUCACCAUCUUCCUCCCCAUCCUCUCUCCUCUGGCUGAGGCCAUCCACAUGAACCCGCUGUACGUCCUGAUCCCCACCACCCUGUGCACGUCCUUCUCUUUCCUGCUGCCAGUGUCCAACCCGCCCAACGCCAUUGUGUUCGCCUACGGACACAUCAGCAUCAUGGACAUGGUGAAGGCGGGGCUUGGUGUUAACGUGAUUGGUGUCCUUGCCGUUCUGUUUGCCGUGGCGACGUGGGGAGUUCCACUAUUCUCUCUGGAUACGUAUCCUGACUGGGCGCCGGUCCUCCCCGGUUUUAACUCCACAACACCCUGACAAUGGGU